AUGACGACAUUGGACAAUGUUGGAAUGUUAAGUAUAUUUGUUCGUGCCUAUGAAAAACGUGGAGAGGGGAUAAAUGCAUUUAUUGCUUAUAAAAUUGAGACUAAAAUUUCUAACAUUCCGGGAUAUACAAAAAAUCAUUUCGAAGUUUGGCGACGUUUUAGUGACUUUCUUGGAUUACGUGAGAAGUUGGCGUUAAAAUAUCAACAUAAAGGGGUUAUUGUUCCUUAUACGCCAGAAAAAAGUAUUACUUCAUUGACCAAAACAAAACUUACGACUGGAGAGGAACACAGCGAAGCAACAGACAGACGUUCUCGAUUGUUGGAACGUUUUUUGCGCCGACUAGUGUUACAACCUCAACUGAUUAAUGAUGAGGACUUGCGUGAAUUUCUUUCUUCUGAGGUUGACUUGCCUAAAGCUAAUUUUACUUCGACUUUUAGUGGGAGCAGUGUUCUGAAGAUUUUCAAGUCAGUCGGCGAUGCUUUCACGAGAAUUGCUUUUCCGAUGGAUGAAAAUGAUCGAUGGUUUGAACAAGCUCAUAGUCAAGUGGAGGAAUUGGAAGAAUUAUUGACUCGUCUUCAGACACAUAUAGAUAAUUUGGUUGGUUAUCGAAAAGAAUUGGCAAUUGCUGAUGAGCAAUUGAGUAAAACUAUUGCUUUGCUUACUUCUUCUGAAGAAAAUACUGGAUUAGCUAAAACUCUUUCUCGUUUGGCUGAAACACAUGAAAAGUUGGCGGUAGUGGAAAAACACGAAUCUGAACAGGAUGCUCAACAAUUAGCUGAAAGUUUUCAGGAACAACUUCAAUUAAUGUCCGUUUUGAAAGAGGUAUUCUAUGAACGUGUAAAAGGUUGGCAAAAUUGGCAGAAUCAUCAACAGAUAUUAACAAAGAAGCGAGAAAUCAAGACUAGAAUGGAAUUGGCUGGUCGGGGUGAACGUGUUGCACAAUGUCGGGAAGAUUUGCGUGAGUCUGAAAAUAAGGCCGAUCAAAUGGAAAAGGAUUUUUUGGUUACGAGCAAAACAAUCCGUGAGGAAUAUGUACGUCAGGCAAAACAGCGGCGUGAGGAUUUAAAACAAACCAUUAUUGGAUAUUUGGAGGCGUUAUUAGAAAGCGAACAACAUACCCUUGAACAUUGGGAACGAUUUGCUACAGAAGCUAAAAAUCAAUAA